CUUGGCGCGAUUGCAUCCGGUGGCGAUACCCGCAAUACCCGUUUAUUAUUCCCCGUGCGCAUAAAAAGAAGCUGUUAUCUAACGCAGCUGAUCUUUGGUGAAAGCCGCAAAUCCGAAUGUAGUAAAUGCGUGAAAACGUUUCACCUGUCUACCAAGUCUAGCGGAUCGUAAUUAACGUUGUCCACGCGUCACCGGCAAUGCAGCUGGCAUGAUUAGAUUUCGCUGAAGUGGUCGGAGACAAGUGCUGAAGCAUUCCAGGGCGUGCUGACAGCGCCCCUGUGCUCGUCAAAAUACGGUGAAAGUCUAAGCACGCGCAUCGCUUCGACAGCUUGGACACGGAUCAAAGUUUUAUUAUGGGAGAGCCGGUGCACACAGCGGAAUGCCCGCCACGGGUGAAGCUAGCUGACGUUUGUGAUCAAGACUAUCGCGAGCGUUUGGAGCUGAUCCGCUCGAAGUACCGCGCAACAUUUGGCAGUGAUCCUGAGUUUUACGUCAGGGCGCCCGGACGGGUUAACCUGAUUGGCGAGCAUAUUGACUACUGUGGAUAUGCUGUUCUACCAAUGGCAGUCCAACAGGACAUUUUACUGGCCUGCGGACACAACAGCACGGCGAUGUUGCAGCUGGCCAAUGUUGACAGCCGUUACCCAAGCUACUCAGCGCCCAUGGAUGGCCUAAAGAUAGAUGAUGUUCAACCCUGCUGGCAUCACUAUUUUAUGUGUGGAGUCAAAGCAGCUGUAGAAGACGCAGGAGCUUGUGAACUAGGUGUCUCUCUGCCUGGCUUGGACGUCAUGGUUCAUGGCACCGUGCCACAGUCGGCGGGUUUGUCAAGCUCAAGUGCAUUGGUCUGUGCUGCUGCACUUGCUACACUACAGGCAAACAAGGCUGUUGCUGUACCGAAGGUGAAGCUGGCGUCAUUGUGUGCUGCAUCUGAAAGGUAUAUUGGCACUCAGGGAGGAGGAAUGGACCAGGCCAUUGCAUUCCUUGCAGAACCAGGAACUGCUAAGCUCAUUGAGUUUGACCCACUGAGAACCACGAGCAUAACUCUACCUGAGGGAGCAACAUUUGUAGUCGCUAACAGCCUUGUGGAAAUGAACAAAGCGGCAACGUCAGAUUUUAACGUCCGUGUAGUGGAAUGCCUCAUUGCUGCACAGGUGAUUGCUAAAGCCCGGGGUCUAGAGUUGAGGAAGCAAAUCAAGCUCGGAGAACUCCAGUCGCUGUUGCAGGUUCCCUUGCACGAAAUGGGAACAUUGGCCAAGAACAUUUUGCAUCCAGCUGUCUACACAAGGGAUGAACUUUGUACACUCUUUGGCAUGAAUGAUGCUCAGUUUGAGAAGUGCUUCCUUGGAAAGAACACAAAAUACCUGCAAGAGUUUAAGCUGCACCAGCGAGCUGUUCAUGUGUACGAAGAAGCAAGCCGGGUAUUGCAGUUCAAGGACGUAUGCGAGGGGAGUCAUGGUCCCUUGUCAUUGUCAGAGCAGCUCUCCAAGCUCGGACAACUGAUGAAUGAUAGUCACACAAGCUGCCGCGAUCUCUACGAGUGCAGCCACCCAGACCUCGAUCUUCUGGUAGAGAUUUCGCUACAGGCUGGUGCACUGGGCUCCCGCCUCACUGGCGCAGGGUGGGGAGGCUGCAGCAUAUCCCUGGUGCCUUCAGACAAGCUGGAGGCCUUCUUGAAAGAGGUUGGCACCAAGUUUUAUGGGAAGUUCGGCGACAGCGUGGCAAAAGAUAUGGCCAUGUUCGUCACCAAGCCUGGCAGUGGUGCGGCCAUUUUUGUACCCUAGUCACACAUGCCAUAAUACCAAAGGUUGUGAACACGUCUAUGCUGAAUACUCCGGCAAAUCGACAAAAUGAUUUUCUGGCUCAUAGGGGAAGACCUCUCCCCAUUCAGCAGAUUUGUGUAACGGUUGUACGACCAGCAAAAGAAAAAGCCAAAAUGAAUAAACACCUGCAGUUUCCCACCGUAAUACAGUGGCUCACGAAGAAAAAAAAAAACUGGUGAUGCUCUUCCGAGCCAACACAAGUCAUAUUCAUACAUUUAUUCUAGCCCACAAGCUCUGUUGCAUAGCAAUGUCAUUGUUAUUCCUUAUUACUUUUGUUGUGGCAAAUAAGAUGCUAGUCUGAUGCACUUCCACUCACCUACCAACAGUUCAGUCAAGAAAAUGCCAGUUUUUACAAGUAUAUAUACAUGCACCAAGGCUUUUAAGCUGCACAUUUUGUGCUUUGCAAGAGUUAUGGAGCAAAGGCAACUACACCGCAGGCAGUAUUUUCGUAUUACAUUUCAAAGCACGAUUUUGUUAUCAGCACCAAACUUUUUCUACCAAUAAAGCUGAUUGUGUUUCA